ACUACUUUGUUGCCCUCCUUGAGACCUGUCUCAUGCUACAAAACAAAGCUUCCAAAACACAACAAUGGACUGGGAAGCCAACUACGUUGUUGUCUGACAGUAAGACCCCUGUAGUACAGAAGGAGCUGUCUGGUGUGACAGGAGUAGCCAUCCCUGCACAUACGAGAGCUGAGGAAUCUAAGAAUGUUGUCUGCAGAAAAGAUAAAGGUGAUCAGCAAAGAAUCACAAGACACAAAUCUGUCCAGGUUUGCUUUGAUGAUCAAAGAAGUUUGUGUGAAAAAAUUGUAUCCCUUGAAAAGAAUGUUUUCCAACUGCAAAUUGAGUUGAAGGAAAAGAAUAAUGAAAUUUCCAGAUUAUCACAAAUAAUGUAUGAUAAGGAUGUGACUCAUACAAGACAAAUUCAAGAACAACUACAGGUCAGUGCUGCAAUGAAAGACAAACUAGAGAAAGCUGAAAAAAAUGCACAGGAGAAAACAGAAUUAUAUCAAAAGUGCUGUGAAAGUUAUGAAGAAACCAUUUUAGGCUUGAAAUUGCAGCACGAAAAUGUUGUUACAGGACUACAAAAAGAAAGUGACCUGCAGAGGUGCAACUAUGAGAAUACAAUUCAAAAAUUAAAACAGCAGAUCUCAAAUAUUAUAGAAGGAAAAUCCAGAGAAAGACAGCAACAGCUUGAAGAACUUGGGAAGGAGAUGAACAAACUUACAGAUGAAGCCAAUGCACUCCGAAGACAACUUGCAAGUAAUCAAGAUGCAAAAAAGGACCACCUAAGAAAGAUGACUUCACUGGAAAAUUAUCACAAACAAAUCUGACUAUAAACUCAUGGGAUCACAAUGGUAAACCUGUCUUCAUACAGAAAAGUGAAGUAAGACGCCUAAAUAACACUGAAUGUAUUAAAUGGAAAAACAGGAGGAUUUUAUAACUACAAGCAAGCCAACUUUAAACCUGUUCACAAUGGCAUUCUCUGUUCAGAUCUGAUGUAUUCAUACAUCAGUUCUUAUUCAACAUGUGUAUAGCUAUAGAAAUUAAAAACAUCCUUAUAAUAAAGUUGCUUGAUAUGGAAAUUGUUAUGGUAAGGAAAAAUGCAUAGCAGAGCAUGCAAGUUAGGUGCGACCCAAGUCACAUGACCUUGAAGGAACGUGUUUUUUCACAAGUGGUCUGUUGGUCGCAGCUAGGCUGUAUGUGCCUUUUCAUUUUAUUGGGAGGCUUACGUUGAAGUGAAGGAAAAGGGAGGUGUAAAAUGGUAGUGUCAUAGUGCAGUUUCGGUCAGUAAUAAGGUAUGCACCAAAUACCACAGUCGAUAAUUGGUCACAUUGAAGACUUGAAGAUAAGCCUAAGACCAAAACUCUUCCAGGAACACAGAUUCCUCGCUAUUAUUGUGGAGGGAUAUAGUUGUUGUGGCAACUGUUGUUUAUAUGUCGGACACGGACGGACACAAGUGAAAUGAUAUAAGGACUGCAAAGGUCCAGUCCUGCUCUCCAUCAUGGUCUGAAGCAGCCAGUAAUUUUAACUUGAGACUUCAACAUGAGAUUUUAAAUUUACAUCAGGUACUUCUUUCAAAAAUGUUAUGUUUAAGGAAUCUGAGCUACAGUUAGUCACAGAUCCUUGACCACCAAAAGCUGACAAUAGAACAGUCAAUCAGUGCUGUUUUUACAUCACUUGAAUUAGGAUCUGCUGUCUAUGAAAACUACUGAGCCACCUCAAGUGUUUUUGGGUGCUGUUUUUAACUAUAAGAAGUUGUAAAGUACUGUUAAACAGCAAGUAUUUAAUGUAGUCUACUAAUGCAUGUAGUUGCAUUCUACAGUAUUAUUAGUUAUUUUUAAUGGAACACUGUUACAAAAAUAUUUAAUAAAUAAAAAUGUGGUAACAGACUGAUGAUGUUACUAAAAAAAUUAAAAUGCCUUUAAAUCACUUUUAAAUCAUUUAACAAAUUAUUAAACAUACCUUCAGAUUUGUGUUACCCAAUACACACUAUGCUGCAAUACAUUUACUAAUUUGCAUGCAAUUUGCACAUCACGUACAAGAUCAGCAUUUGUAAUUAUUAGUUUGGACAGAUUUUUCUAUUGCACUGCUCUGCUUUUUAGUUAAUAUGUGUUCUAACAACAGAUUUUAAACACGUCUCCAGCAUCCUAAAAGUAUCGUUUUGCCCCAAUCCUGUGCCGUUUCACUCUCUACCCAGAAAUCCCUGAUUUGCUGUUGUAAAGCCGUUAAACACGCAUCAUUGCAAACGAAAGCUGAUUUUCCUUCCCAUUAAACAUACUGGAAAACAACUGCUAUUUUUCUGAUUUGCCUUUUAUUACAUUUCAUUUUAAACCAUAUUUUCAGUGUCAGUAAAGAAUAUGUAGCUACCUCAACCAAAACAUCUUUUCGAGACUGCUGGCUUGACCCAUAAUUCCUAAAACAAAGGCAAAAUGAAAAAUUAAUGUUCAAAGGGUUUUAUUUUUGGUAAUCUGUAAUGGGAGUGGGGGCACUGGAGAAUUCUGUUUAGUUUAAUCCUGUUGGUUAUUGUUUUGGUACUUGCCUUCCAUGCUGCAAAUUUAUCAAAUCAGGCUGCUUUGCAUGCUUAAUCUGCCUUCCACAUGGUGUUUUUUUCUUUUUUAAACGAUAACCUAACACUCCUUGUAAUUUGUUUUAAAGUUUUGCUGUGUAUUAACUGAAUUUUUGAGUUGAUGUUAAUGAAAGUGUAUGCCAAAUAAAAAAAUACGAGGAAAUAUUUAAAAAUAA